GGCACACACCACUCGCUCGGGGCUUGGAGCGACAUGGUGUCGUUCCAUACGCUCCGAACAUGCGGCCACACAACAUUCAUGCUCUUCUUUACCAUCUUUGUAGUUGUGGCCUACAUCCGUGUUGUCUAUGAUGGCCUCGCUUGGGCCGGCGUCGUCCUUCCGCUCUUCCUUGGUCUGGCGGUCGAGUCGGCGACGCUCGGCCACACUAUUGCUCAGCUCUGGCCGUUCUUCAGGGUGGCCAUACGGGUGCGGACUGGCCUGCUAGCGGCUAUGUUUGUCCGCUUUCAGGCCUUUGUGUGGGUGGCAGCAGUGACGCUUGCGGUGGGCAUGCUGGCAAUUGUCGUGUCGGUCGAGAGCAUGCACCCGGCGUGGGCGAUGGCACCCAUGUAUCUACAGAGCUGUACCGCGCUCUUCCUAUACUUGUGGAUCAAGCGGGAGACCAACGACCGCAUUUCGGUGGUGCGGACCCACGGCGUGUUGCAUCUUUUUUCGCUUGCGCUCACCCUUCUCCUCACGUUCAAGACUACGUCUGCGCCGUACCUAUCGUGGUGGAUUGUGUUUUCCCCACUCUGGCUCCUCCUUGCCUCCGCCGUUGUCAUCCUCAUCUCGCUCAUGUUCUACGUCUUCAUGGUCCCUAUCUCGCGGUGGCAGCGGCUCUACUUUCUCUCGCUCUACUGCCUCCUCAUCGUCACUGUGGUCGUGCCGUGCACGGUCUGCCUGGUCAUCUUCACAACAGGGCUCGACGCUGGUCUCGACCCGGGCUACCAGACCGCAUUUGCGGUUGCGUUCUUCGAGCUUGUCGUCCUCUGGAUCGCCUUUGCGGUGCUUGUGCGCUCCCAGCGCCGCGCGCGCCGCGCGCGCCAGCACGAAAUCGAGGAGGCGCAAGCCGCGCUCGCGCGGGCGCUCGCUGCGCGGCUCGAAUCGGCCCCGUCGGCGCCCGAUGCAGGAGGUUCAGGCAGCUCACUGGUGGCGUCCACCACCACGCCUGGCGCGCCGGCACUCGAGUCGAUCACCCGUACACCACAAUCCCGGAACCGGAUCGGCCCGCCGCCUCUCCCAGAAAUCGCCAUCUACGAGAGCGAUAACGAGUUUGAGGCGGCCACCAACGAGACAUGCGUCAUCUGCUUUGACGACAUGGCCAACACUAUUCUGCAAGACUGUGGCCACAACCAGUUCUGCAUCGCCUGCGCCAGACAGGUCCGUAAGUGCCCGCUCUGCCGCGCGCCUAUUGUCGGCAUUGUCCACCGCCUGCCUGAAUCGGCCCGUGAUGCGCCGUCGCGGCAGGCCCUGGCUGCCUUUGAAAUGCACCUCCGCUACGAGCACCAGCUCCAGCGCCUUGCCCAUGAGAACGGCAGCGCGCCGACACGUACUCCGCUUCCACGCAUCCGUCGCCGCAUCGGCCCGCUCGGCUCGGACAGCAUCGCUCGCGAGGGCCACGUCCCGGCCAUGGCCGCCCGCCACGCCGCCGUCUCGACCGACGAGUCGCCAGUCUCAUCCACCCACGUUCGUUCGACUUCGCUCACCGCGUCGGACCGGACAUCCGUCACUGUCGCAGGCUCUGGCCGGCGGACCACCCGAAUCGACGAAGAGGCGCCGCACCCGCGCGCUGUCACCCCACGCCCAAUCUUCUCACAGAGCUACAUGGCCUCGCUGGCCGAGCGGAGCCGAACGCCCGACGGCGACGCCCUUGCCCGUUUCUUGGCGUACAUGCCCAUGGCCGCGGGCCUACUUCCCGACUCCGGCCACGACGACGACGUAUCAGCCACUCCCAGCGAGCCGCAGCUCUUCUCGCUCGUCGGCGCCAUCCCGCGGCGCACCCGUUCGCGCUCGUCAGCUCGCUCCUCGCGGCGCUCGUCGCUCCAGACCCCCAACCUUGUCCGCAUCGAGUCUGCCGAGACCUCCGAGCUGGCAUCGGCCAUAGCGUCGGCCCUGGCCGACGCCGAUCCUGAUCACGCCGCUUCCCUUGCCGAUCGCAACCGCUCGAGCGCCUCCCCGAGCCCGUCGUGCCGUCCAAUUCGUCUCGCUCGGUAGAACUUGACCGCGCCGACAGCUCGCGGUCCAGCUCAGCCUCGCUGAGCUUGGUCCCGGAUAGCGCUGACUCGGCCGACUCUUCCUGCCUCUCGUAUGACUCGGAUGCGCCAUCUGACGUCGGCUCGCUCUCGGACUCGAUUGCUUCAGCCCGCAUCUCGGGGCGCUCAUCAGACUCGGUUGUUGGUAACGUUUACGACUCGCCUCAUAUCAUCAAGUACGGCGACCAAGCGUAGUCAUACGCCCUUUCCCAGCAGCGCCGCCUUGUCGCGCAUCCGCCUAGCCCGGAUGUACUCGCGCUUUUGCGCAGACGUCAUCUCCGACUUGCGCACGCCACGCAAGUGUUCUGGAAGCCAUCCAUCGUCGCGCUCGGCUCCAUGCUGCCCAAUAGCAGCUCGGGGCUGUGUCGGAGCCGGGGCUGAAGCCGGAGCCGGAGCCGGAGCCAGAGCCGAAGCCGGAGACAUAGAGGUCCUCUCUGCCACUGGUGCCGCGGGCGCCGGUCCGAGUGCGGCCCUCUUGGCGCGCACAUAGCGCCGCUUGUCAGCCUCACUGUACGUCGACUUGGCCCGCCGCAGGUCAGCUGGCACCCAGUCAGGGAAGGUCCGCCGCGGGCUUGCGGCCAGCUGCUCAGGUAUCGAUGUCGUUGCCGGUGCAGAUGCUGGUGCCUUGGACUGGCGCUCUCUGGUCGCCUCCCCACCGUCAAGCGCCUCCUGUGAUGCCUUAAACGCCCGACGUGCUCGAACAUA